UCUUAGUUCGUUUUACUACUGAAGGGCUUUAAGAAUUUUCGAUAUUUUUAAAAUACUAAAUUUUGUUAUAUUGCAUUACAUAAUCAACACAAUAAUACUUAUUAAAAUGUUGGGCAUCAAUCUGUUUAGAAAUAUCAGAUAUUUUUCAACUAGUUAUUGUUUAAGAUUAGAUAUGUCUUGGAGAACUUUAAAAAAACUGCCUCUGAACCCAAUGGAUAGAGGAGUUCUUACGGAUGGUGCUGAUUACAUUUUUUUGGAUGGGCGUCCUACCCCAUUUGGAAUGAAACAAAAACGAAAACUUUUGCUUCAAAGAGAAUAUGCUAAAAAAAUUGUUCAACUCAGUGAAAGUUUAGACAUUGCAAAAGAACGGUAUGCGAUGAAAGUUGGAGAAGAAAAAGAAAAGAUAAAACAUGUAUUAGAUAGAAAACUUAGGCCCAAAGGAAAUAAAAAUACUCAGGAAAAAUAGUCUUCAUUUAUUUAUUAUAAUUCAAAAAUAUUUAGGUAGAAAAUACAUUUUGUACAGAAAGUUAUCAUUUAAUUCAUUGUAAUAAAAACAAUUAUACAAACUUUUUACUGGAAUAUUUUUGUACCUAAUCAAAAUGCAUUCCAGAAUACACAAUUAUCCACAUCACCUAAAAUAAAACAAAACAGUAUAAUUAAUUUAAUUUAAAUUAAUGAAAUAUGCAUUGUUAAAUUUAAGUAUUAAUUUGAUUCUUAAUAUGUUUCUAAACAUAUUAAGGGCCGUUCUUAUAAUGUCUGGUUAAGUGUCUGAUAACGCUAACCGGCAGAAUUUCUUUAGAGUUACCAAUAGAAGUCUGCCGGUUAAUCUUAACCGAUAUUGUAAGAACGGCCCUAAGAGAACUUUGCUAAGGUUAACUGAAAUUAAUACAGAAAUACAAUUUAAAUUUAUGUUGAGCUAUUAGUUAUUAGUUUAAAAUAUAUUAUUUUAUUGAUAAUACAAUUUGAAUGUGUACAAAAUCAGAAAAAUUACAUAUUUUUUUUUUUAAUCCAAUUAUAAAUUGAUAUCUUGAAUAGUUUAAUUUAAUAUAAAAUUAUAUAUUAUUUUUGAUUAGUGGAAACUCUGCUUGGCAACGGAUAGGAUGUCGCCUUUGAUAUAAUAUAAUCCAAUAGAUUGAUUAUCUGUGCUGUAAUUCGAUGUGAAUCAAUAAUAUUUUGAUAUGUUUGUAUAUACAUGUAUAGAAUUGAAUAAACCAACUGGGGAUAGUGUGGCAAUAUAGUCGACUCUGUCAAGA